GUCCCGUGUCCCCCGCCGCCCCUGAAGCCAUCAGUCAAGAUGGCGGCGCGUCCCCAGUAUCCCGGCACGCCGCCGCCCCCCGGGGCCCCGCCCGUGGCGCCCCAGCGGUACGGAACACCCCAGGGGGCCCAGGGCACGCCCAUGAGGUACCCCCAGCAGAGCUACCCGCAAAUGAAUGUCCAGCGUGCCCCGUACCCCCCACCAGUUGGCAUGGGAGGCCCUGCCGGGAGCCCCGGCGCUGGCCUGCCGCGCCCUGCGGGUGGCCCGGGGCCCCAGCCUUACAGCGGGGGCAUGGUACGGCCCCCGUCCCUCUCCCAGACCCCAGGCUCCAAAAGACCUGCCUCCUCUGGCUCGUCAAAAAGGUUGAAAAGUGUGUCCCGCAGCGGCAGUGGUGGUGGUGCAGGGGGGGGCGGGCCUCCUCCGGGCGGCCAGGGUGGUGUGCCUUCAGACUAUGGCCAUGUCAGCUCCAAGAAGAAGAAGAAGCUGGCCGAAAAGAUCCUGCCCCAGAAGGUCAGAGAUUUGGUGCCGGAGAGCCAGGCAUACAUGGACCUCCUGGCCUUCGAACGCAAACUGGACGCCACCAUCAUGCGGAAGAGGCUGGACAUUCAGGAAGCACUGAAGCGUCCCAUGAAGGUGAAGAAGAAGCUGCGUAUUUUCAUCUCCAACACCUUCUACCCUGCCCGUGCCGAGGGGGGGGAGGGUGACGAUGCCUCUGUGGCCUCGUGGGAGCUGAGGGUGGAGGGGCGGCUGCUGGAGGACCACAAGCCUCAGCUCCGGCCUCCGCAGAACGACCCCAGUAAGCUGAAGCGCAAGUUCUCCUCGUUCUUCAAGUCCCUCGUCAUUGAGCUGGACAAGGAACUCUAUGGCCCAGACAACCAUCUGGUGGAGUGGCACAGAACAGCCACCACCCAGGAGACAGAUGGCUUCCAGGUGAAGAGGCCAGGUGACAAGAAUGUGAGGUGCACCAUCCUCCUGCUCCUCGACUACCAGCCUCACCAGUUCAAGCUCGACCCCCGCCUGGCGCGUCUGCUCGGGGUGCACACACAGACACGCCCGGUCAUCAUCACAGCCCUCUGGCAGUACAUCAAGACGCACAAGCUGCAGGACAGUCAUGAGCGAGAGUAUAUCAAUUGUGACAAGUACUUGGAGCAGAUCUUUGGUGUGCCGAGGAUGAAGUUCGCCGAGAUCCCUGGACGCCUCAAUCAGCUGCUCUUCCCCCCCGACCCCAUCAUCAUCAACCACACCAUAUCUGUGGAGGGCGUGGACCAGAAGAAGACCUCCUGCUACGACAUUGAUGUGGAGGUGGAUGACAAUUUGAAGACACAAAUGAACAACUUCCUGUUGAGCACCAACUCCCAGCAGGACAUCCAGACACUGGACACCAAGAUCCACGAAACCGUCGAGACAAUAAACUCCCUCAAGACCAACCGCGAGUUCUACCUCUCCUUCGCCAAAGACCCCCAGCAGUUCAUCCAGAAGUGGCUCAUAUCUCAGAACCGAGACUUGAAAACCAUGACAGACGUAGUGGGUAACCCUGAGGAGGAGCGGCGGGCCCAGUACUACUACCAGCCCUGGACCCACGAGGCUGUCAACCGCUAUUUCUACUCCAAGAUACAGCAGAAGCGUGCAGAGCUGGAACAGGCACUCGGCAUCCGGAACAACUGAACGCCCUCCAGGAUACCAAGUUAAAUCUCAACAUUUUAUAAAAUCUGUGCUUCUCAUAUGGUAAUAUAAGGAACUUUUUUUCUAGUAAGUUAAUGUUACUUUGUGUAUGCCAUUCUGUAAUGUAGGCACUUUAGGAAUGUGGUUUUUCAUGUGUAGGUUCUGGUGCAUCUACAAAUAGAUUUUAUUUCAUAAGA